GAAUUGAACCUCAAAAAUUAUUUACACCAAAAAUGUUUUUUAAAAUUUGAGAGCUUGGAUAGAAAACAACCCAAUCGAGGCUAGAGCACCAUACCAACCUAGGGUGAUAUGGUAAGGCUUCAAAGCCCAAUUAUAUAUAAUUGUUCCUCAAAGAUAUCACAUGCAAUCCGAUUGAUUGAAACAUGGCUCUGCUAUUUCCUUCAUUUUCUUUGCUUGGAAUACCCCCCAGCUCAGUGUGCUUUGUUCUUGCCAAUCAGGGAAAUGGAAAAGUUACCGAUUGAUUGAUUAUCGUGACAAGAGAGGUCGGUUUCGGGCCAAUUCUAAUUCUUGUGUGGCUCUGUGUGCGUCUUCUUCUUCUUCAAUGUCGGUGUCGAAGAAGCUGGUGUGGAUUUGGACUCAGAACAAGCAUGUCAUGACGGCCGCUGUCGAGAGAGGCUGGAACACCUUUGUCUUCCCCUCGCAUUGUCGAGACCUUGCCAAUGAGUGGUCCGCUAUGGCAUUGAUACAUCCUCUCUUUAUAGAAAAAGGAGAGCUACUUGAUAGUGAGCACAAAAGAGUUGCCACUUUUUCUGAGAUUUCUUCUCCUGACCAAUUAGAGCAGCUCCAACCAGAGGAUGAACAAGCAGAGAAUAUUAUUGUUAAUUUACUGGAUUGGCAGGUGAUACCUGCAGAGAAUAUUGUUGCAGCUUUUCAAAGCAGUCAAAAAACAGUAUUUGCCAUCUCAAGAACCCCCGCUGAAGCUCAAAUUUUCCUUGAGGCCUUGGAGCUAGGUUUAGGUGGAGUUGUUUUAAAAGUUGAGGAUGUCAAGGCUGUCCUUGAGCUGAAGGACUAUUUUGACAGAAGAAAUGAAGCAAACAAUCUAUUAGACCUGACCAAAGCCACUGUAACUCAAGUUCAAAUGGCUGGAAUGGGUGAUCGAGUUUGCGUGGAUCUCUGUAGCCUCAUGAAACCUGGUGAAGGACUUUUGGUUGGAUCUUUUGCGAGAGGGCUAUUCCUUGUUCACUCAGAAUGCUUGGAGUCCAAUUAUAUUUCCAGCAGGCCUUUCCGAGUCAAUGCAGGGCCUGUGCAUGCCUAUGUUGCUGUUCCUGGAGGAAAGACCUCCUACCUUUCAGAGUUAAAAGCAGGCAAAGAAGUAAUCGUGGUUGAUCAAAGCGGUAGGCAACGAACUGCAGUUGUUGGGCGUGUGAAGAUAGAAACUAGACCACUAAUCCUCGUUGAGGCAAAGAGAGAUUCGGAUACUCACACUGCUUAUAGCAUCCUUCUUCAGAAUGCAGAAACAGUUGCCUUAAUCUGCUCUCAUCGAGAAAAUGGAAAUCCAACUACAGCUAUACCCGUGACAUCACUCAAAGUUGGCGAUGAAGUUCUGCUAAGAAUACAAAGUGGUGCUCGACACACGGGAAUUGAAAUUCAAGAAUUCAUUGUAGAGAAAUGAACAAUCAAAGCUAAAAAAUUGUAGUGUAUGUAACUGGUUUGUCGUGAUCAAAUGCAUGAACAUUGUUUCUUGUAAUAUGAUUCUGAGUUCAAAAACAGUUUCUAUGAAAUUAUUGCCUCCAAACA